AUGGUUACCGACAAGCUCAAGUCCGACGAGACGGCGCCGCGGUCGUCGAGAUCCCCCGGCGACCUCGACUACGUCUCUCGCGCAGCCAUGGGCGAGAAGGCAAUCAUGGGCAAGUUCACAAAAUGGUGGUCAGACGACGAGGAGCGCAGGCUGCGGCGCAAGCUCGACGUCCGCAUCAUUGUCAUCUCCUUUGCACUCUACUUUGUCGCGCUGCUGGAUCGCGGCAACAUUGGCAAUGCCAAGACGGCAGGCAUGAACAGGGACCUCGGCAUCUCUGACCAACAAUACCAGUGGCUGUUGACGAUCUUCUACAUCGCCUACAUCGUCUUCCAGUUCCUGCUGCUGGGCUACAAGGUCUUUUCGCCCCCGAAAUGGAUCGCCGGGUGCGUCUUUGUCUGGGGCGUUGCGGGCGUCUGCCAGGCGGCGGUCCAGAGCUGGUCCGGCCUGAUGGCCUGCCGCUUUAUACUCGGUGUCGCCGAGGCUGGCUACGGCACGGGCGUGGCGCUCUACUUUAGCUUCUUUUACCCGCGCGACGAGAUCGGCCUGCGCUUUGGCACCUUUGUCAGCGCCGGCGCCGUAUCCUCGGCUGUCGCGGGUGCCAUCGCCUACGGCCUGGUCCACGCCCAUGCCACCAUCGAGAGCUGGAGGCUGCUCUUCCUGAUCGAGGGGAUCCCCACACUUCUCAUGGUCCCCAUCGUGCUCGUGGUCCUGCCCCGCGACGUUCAAUCCUGCCGCUUCCUCUCCGCGCGCGAGCGCGAGAUCGCCGAGGCUCGUCUCUUUCGGCCCCCGCCGCCUCCUCGCCGGAGCAAGACCGAGGACGGUGGCCGGUGGACGCUCAAGGCACGCUUCGUCGACUUCAUCAACUGGGGCAACGCCGGCGCCGCCUUUCUCGAUCCGCUCUCGUACCUCAUCUCGGUCAUGUUCUUCAUCAUCAACGUCUGCUACUCGAGCGUCCCCGUCUACCUGCCGACGCUGAUCGAGGAGAUGGGUUACUCGAGCAUCAACGCGCAGGGCCUCUCGGCCCCUCCCUACGUCCUCGCCUUUCUCCUGGCCAUCCUGUUUUGCUGGAUCAGCGACCGGGCUCAGGUCCGGGGCGUCUUUGGCGCCGGCCUGCUCGUCCUCGCCGCCGUGGGCUACCUCGUGCUCGCGACCCAGACCUCGACGGCGGCGCGGUACGUCGCCGUCUGGAUGAUUGUCUGCGGCAUCUUUCCCUUUAUCCCGAUACUCUACAUGUGGCUCAUGAGCAACCAGGCGGGCGAAUCGAAAAAGGGCGUCGGUCUCGUCGUCUUUGGCACAAUCGGCCAGUGCGGCCCGCUGCUUGGCACGCGCCUGUUCCCUGCGCGCGACAAGCCCUACUACGUCAAGGGCACCUCCGUCAGCGGGGGCCUGCUCCUUUUUGGCGCCAUUGUGGCCGCGCUUACAUCGCUCUACCUCUGGAACAUCAACCGACGCAGGGACAGGCAGCAGGGCGCUCUCGACGCCGCUCAAAAGGAGGGGCCAGACACGGCAGCAUCCCACGCCGAUACGGUCGAGAAAGGGGCCGAAGAAAGGGACCGGAGGAGGAUCGAUGUGCUGCUUCGCGGCGAGGAGAGCCCGUACUUUAGGUACACGAUUUGA